AGGUGGUUUGUAACUGGGGAGGUCUCUCCUGAGGGUGCCUUGGCGCUUGGGAAGUCGACCGGAGGGCGGUGGCCCUGCCGGGGAGGCACCCGCAGGAGACUGGGGCGGCGUGAGGUCUCUCCUGUCCCUGCGGACAACCCCCGGAGCUGUUUUCCUGGGGGUCCCUCCCGCACCCGGAGCUUGGCUGGCCUGGGGCCCUGCCUCUGUGACCAGAACAAGUGUCUUCUUGCAAGGACAGAGUUGGGUCCUGCCCUGGGACUCUCACCCCCUGCUUGGGGUUCGGGCGAAGCUGAAGGACUGCCAGGAAGGAGCUGGGAGCAAGUCUGGCUGAUGGGGAGGACCUGGAAGGCCAGGGCACUGGCUCCCCCAGGCCAGCUCCAAGCGGCCCCUUCGCCACCUCCAGCCUCCUGCUCCCGCUUCCGGCCUUCAUUCUCACCCAGGUGGCCUCGGGACGUUGGUUUCGGAAGUGCCUUUGGGGCUGGAGGUUAUCAAGGAGGAAGAGGCAAUUGGUCAGUCCGCUGGCAGGGAUUUGCUCUCUCAGUAGACAGGAACAGAGGCUUUCUUCACUGGUGAGAGGGUGGGUGAGGGUAGCUGGGGUCCUUGCCCUGGGGUGCUCACAGUCCACCUGGAGAUAAGAUAAUCUCAGCACUGAGCAGGCCGAGCAAAGGUCAGGAGUUGGUGAAGGCGCUGUGGCAGAGGAGGGUGGUUUUCCUGAGGGCCUGGGGCAGUGCUGAGGGAGGCUACAGAGGAAGGAGGGCCUUAGAGCCCCUCUGCUAACCGCCAUCCAGGAGGCAGGGGCAUGGCUAGCAUGAUCUCCUGCAAAGGUGGCGGAGUUGGCGUCCUUUUGUGUGCCACCGCCUACAAGAUUCUUUGUUCAGCUCUGACAGUGGCUUUAGCAACUAUCGUGGGAUCCUGAAUUGGUGUGUGGUGAUGCUGAUCUUGAGCAAUGCACGGUUAUUUUUAGAAAACCUCAUCAAGUACGGCAUCCUGGUGGACCCCAUCCAGGUGGUGUCUCUGUUCCUGAAGGACCCCUACAGCUGGCCUGCCCUGUGUCUAGUUAUUGUGGCCAAUGUCUUUGCCGUGGCUGCGUUCCAGGUGGAGAAGCGCCUUGCGGCGGGUGCCCUGACGGAGCAGGCAGGGCUGCUGCUGCACGUGGUCAACCUGGCCACCAUUCUCUGCUUCCCGGCGGCCGUGGCCUUGCUGCUUGAGUCCAUCACUCCAGUGGGCUCCGUGCUGGCUCUGACGGUGCACACCAUCCUCUUCCUCAAGCUCGUCUCCUACCGGGAUGUCAACUUGUGGUGCCGAGAGCGAAGGGGCAAGGCCAAGGCCAAGCCCGCUUCUGCAGGAAAGAAGGCCAACGGGGCAGCUGCCCAGCACACUGUGAGCUACCCCGACAACCUGACCUACCGUGAUCUGUACUACUUUCUCUUGGCCCCAACUCUGUGCUAUGAGCUCAACUUUCCCCGCUCUCCCCGAAUCCGAAAGCGCUUCCUGCUGCGGCGGCUCCUUGAGAUGCUGUUUUUGACUCAGCUCCAGGUGGGCCUAAUCCAGCAGUGGAUGGUUCCCACCAUCCAGAACUCCAUGAAGCCUUUCAAGGAUAUGGAUUACUCACGCAUCAUCGAGCGCCUCCUGAAGCUGGCGGUCCCCAAUCACCUCAUCUGGCUCAUCUUCUUCUACUGGUUCUUCCACUCCUGCAUGAACGCCGUGGCAGAGCUCAUGCAGUUUGGAGACCGGGAGUUCUACCGGGACUGGUGGAACUCUGAGUCUGUCACCUACUUCUGGCAGAACUGGAAUAUCCCUGUGCACAAGUGGUGCCUCAGACACUUCUACAAGCCCAUGCUUCGACGGGGCAGCAGCAAGUGGGUGGCCAGCACGGGGGUGUUCUUCGCCUCGGCUUUCUUCCACGAGUACCUGGUGAGCAUCCCUCUGCACAUGUUCCGCCUCUGGGCCUUCACAGGCAUGAUGGCUCAGAUCCCGCUGGCCUGGAUAGUGAGCCGCUUCUUCCAGGGGAACUACGGCAACGCAGCCGUGUGGCUGACGCUCAUCAUCGGGCAGCCAGUGGCCGUGCUCAUGUAUGUCCACGACUACUACGUGCUCAACUAUGAGGCCCCCGUGGCAGGGGCCUGAGCUGCUCCAAGGCUGGGCCUCUCUGCCACCUCCUGUCACCUCACUGCCCACGAGCCCGCCCCGCCUGUGCGCCAGGGAGGGGGCUUGGCUGUCUGUUGUCUCCUCCCAGCCCCGGAAGGCCUCUCCGCCCCCAUGGGGCUCCUUCCUGCCCUGCUCAGGGACGGCAGACCAGGCGCAGGCCAGUGUCCCGGGAACCUGUGCCGAUCCUGCCCAAGGGUCUGAGGGGAUCAAUAAAGUGCUGUCC